ACGCAAAUCAAGUGACGUCACGCAUACGAGUGCCACUGAGCAGGCCCUGCCGCUGGAAACCAGUAGUGACGUCACUCGGUCACCCAAAGGUGUGGGUGGGAAAUCCAUGAAUGAAAAUUUGGCAGCGUUGUUCGGACCACCGCACCCAGCCAGGCUUUUGCCGCUCGGCAAGUGCAACCUGCACGGCCUCUCUCUUCAGGUUGGAUGCAGGGGCAACUUGAUCACCAUCUGCACUCGCAACUUCCCACCAGACUCUGUUAAAGUUUGGAUCGAAGGGGGCGAAGGAUCAGCAGUGAUCUCUCACCAAAAUCCUGUGGCGUACGGUCAGCUGAUAGUUGCGACAAAGGCCGCCGCCACGAGGGCGGUGGGCGCCGCCGUGAAGGUGCCGCGCUGGCGGGUGGCGGGCGAAGUGGACGACGCGGCGGCUGAUGUCGGUUGUCCAGACUGCGUACGGAACGCACCCGUUCUCAUACUCAAGUUUCCUAUCUUAAUUUCCCGUCCAAUNGACUCACACCCGUUAACUUUUUUCAUCCUCACCAACCCUCUGCCAGGCGACGGGACUGAAAUCUUCCAAGGGACGCCAGUCGAGCUCGGCGAGCAGCUGUUGCUGCGCGUGGCCGCCGAGGCCGACUUGACGAGAGCGAGCGCGGCUGCUAAACUUGCCAAGCUUCGGGGGCCUGAGGCCCACGCCCCGGCGGUAGACAUGCACCUCAUCAGGUGUUGGGUGGGCGACGAGAACCACGAGAGGGCGCUGCUGCUUCAGAAUGGCUGCAGCGUUGUAGAUAUAUUGGGAAACUUCACGGAGACGGUCAACAAUGCGUCAAAGUUGCUGGCAUUGUACGACUCUUUUGAUAUAGGAUCUUCCUCGCGUGAAAAUCUGAAGCAGUUACACGUCGAAAAUGAGAAUGGAAAAGAACGUCCCGUAGAAAAUGGAGCUUUUUCAGGGGAUACCAAGCAUUCGAACCGCUCGAUGACGAAUGGCGUUGUGCAAUCAGCGCCACUCGUGGCUUUCGUUAUGGAUGUUUCUGACACGAUAAUCGACAUCUCGUGUAAGAUAAAGAUUUGCGUGGGCGAGUGUCUCGAAAUCUCACCCUGCGUCGAAAGUUCCAUCAACUUGGACAGAGGACAGCGACCUCGCUCUCCCGUCAUCAGCUUCGUGCGCUCCCUCACCGUCAGCAUGACACCCAACACAGGUGUUCAGGCCGACCGAGAGGAUGCGCUCACCAAAAGCGCGCAACCCUCAAGAGGAGAUCGCAAUGUAAGAUCAGUUUCUAGUUUUGAAAUAGAUUCUUCAUCUCCAUCAUCGGUUCAUGAUGAAGAAGUGAAACACUUAGAUUCACUAGCUUCUUUGAAAAUGGGCAACCCACAUAUAGCAGUGGAUGAAACCAAGGCAAGCGCCACUGCACAAGACCUGCCGGCUGGUGGAGAGAGCUACUCAAAAGACUCCUGGUUGAGUAUAUCAGACCCAAACAUUAUAGACCCUCACCCCAAGAUAAACAGCUGUGUUCCAUGGUGGUUAUUCUACGUGUCCAUAACCGGCCUAACUUUACUAUACAUCGUGGCUCUGGUGUGCUGUCUUUACUUCGUCACGAACGAUCAGCAGCAGCGCAGAGUUCGGCACCGGGAAGAGGUCAUGCAAACACCGACGCGUCCUUAUUAUGUUGAUCAAUGCUCAGCUAGGAAGCGAACUCCGCCAACCAUAAAUGAGCCUUACCUCUAUUAGACCUCAAUAAACAAGCUGUGAGAGUAUUGCAGCUAUGCACAGUAUAAAUGACAAUAAAAUACUCUUGAGCGCCGAGCUUUCAGAGCUUUUCGACAAA